AGAUCUUGCAACUUCCGAUUCCUAAUUCCAACACUUACAACUAGUACAAUGGCUUCAGAUCGUCAUGUUCUCAUCCUCGGCGGAAAUGGGAAGAUCAGCCGCCUUCUUACAGUUAUGCUGCUGAAGAAGUCAUGGACUGUCACGAGUCUCAUCCGUAACCCAGACCAAAUCGAGGACUUGAAGAGGAUCUCCGAGGGUUUGCCAGGGACGCACAAGAUAGUAGUGCAUGAUCUCAUCACCAUAACUAGCAAGGAGAAGGCCGCCGCUGUCAUUGAUGAAGUGAAGCCAGAUUCGGUCGUCUUCAGCGCUGGACCCGGUAGAGGAACCGACCAAGACACGAUCAUCCGAAUCGAUCGUGAUGCCGCCAUUUUCUUCGUCCAAGCCUCAGUUGCCAACAAGGCCAUCACUCAUCAUGUGCAAGUAUCCUACCUUGGCGCUCGUCGUGAGCAAGCGCCCUGGUGGACUCCUGAAGAUUGGGAGGGCUGGAAGAAGGUCAACUCGACCUUCCUAGGCCCUUACUAUGAGCCCAAGGUCGCCGCCGACGAGGCUCUUGUGACUGAAGGCAAGAAGAGAGAGAGUCUGACUGCAGUAUCGGUUCGUCCUGGCGGUCUAACGGAUAAGGAUGAAGGCGGUGUUCUUCUGGGCCAGACGAAGCAAGCCAGGGGUAUGACAACUCGAGCGUCAACGGCGAGAGUAAUGGCGUUGGUGUUGGAACAGGAGCAUGUCAAGGGACAUUGGUUGGAUGUUCUUGACGGCGAAGAAGAUGCUGAGACUGCAGUUGAUCGAUUCGUUCGUGAAGAAACAGAAUGUGCUGAAGGAGAACCAGUUCUCAAAGACUAAUUGCUCAGUCGAGGAGGGUCAAGAUAGAAAUACUUGGGACGACACUCGGUAAUGUUCGAUCCCUCCAUGCUGCCCACUACGAAUCAUCGAUCAGCCGACUUACAGGCUACAGUAAUGGGGAACCAGCUGCAAUGCCAAGUCCCAAUCUUACUGUCGGGGCCACCUAGCGAGUUGGGAUAGAAGGGAGUGCGCUAGGGCGUUCUGAUAACAGAAAUUUCCAACAUGGAAUUCCAAUACCUUUGUUUGGAUUCACCCGAUGCUGCACAUUUUUCAUCAACUUGAAAUUCAUAUCGAAGCAUCUACUCAUAGUAAUAUAUAUGUCAUCGUUUUUGCAUGAGUUGCAUGGUCUUGUGGCUGUGAGGAUCAGUAUCGACGCCGAGGAGCAUCCCAUACCCCCUACUUUGAUAUACAAGAAUCGGCCAGCAACACUGCUGA